AUGAAGAAGACAAAAGCAGAUGAUCAUCAUGAUUUUGGCACCUCUACUGGUAAUGAUGAUACAUUUCAAUGUGAAGCAAUAAGAACCCCAAGGGAAGAUGAUAUUGGUCCAUAUCCGUUUGGAGUCUUUUAUACCUUGGAUGAUCAUUAUUUAAUAAGAACACGGCAGACAAAAGGAGGUUGUUAUGGUGAAGAGGUCGUCGUUGAUGAAGAAAAACACGGGAUGAGGAGCGUGUGGCGGUCAUGGAAACAUCACAAGGAAAUACAUGAUCAGUCUCUUGAUUUCAAUCAACAAGCACACAAACAGAUAGGUUUUGCAUAUCUACACAACUACUACUAUCAACUGAUGUGUGAAAAAUUAUCCAACAAUUACUCGGGCAGUAGUAGUAAUUCUGGGUUGUGGCCGCUAUCUACGUUACAACAUUAUAGUAGUAGUAGCAGCUCAAGUAGUAGUAGUAGUAGUAGUAGUGAAGAAAAUAGCAGCGCAGAAAUCAUGAGCAGCAUAUUAGAAAGUAUGGGUAUGGAUUAUGAGAUCUUCUGGCAAGACUUGAUAAUCAAUGAACAGAUCGGGCAAGGCUCAUCUGCGAACGUCUACCACGCACUGUGGUAUGGAUCUGAUGUUUGUGUCAAGCUAUUUAAACAUCAAGAGUACUAUGAUUAUGUGAUCGUAGGGUUUAAACAGCAGGUAGCUUCCAUUAAAAGGCUUCGUCAUCCAAACAUUUUGCUCUUCAUUGGGGCUGUAACUUCACGUCAACAUCUAAGUAUUGUCACUGAGUUUCUUCCUCGUGGAUGUUUAUUUCGGAUACUUCAACAAAAUUCAACCUGGUUAGAUUGGACACGACGUUUUCAUAUGGCCAUGGAUAUUGCACGAGGGAUGAAAUACCUUCAUCAUUGCAAUCCACCUAUUCUUCACCUUGAUUUGAACUCUUCAAAUCUUCUUGUCGAUGAGAAUUGGACGGUAAAGGUUGGGGACUUUGGUCUCUCCUGUAUCAAGGAUGUGACUCACCUUAAUGUAAAGGUUGAUAAAGGAACGCCUCAAUGGAUGGCUCCAGAAAUUCUGCGUAACGAGGAUGCGAAUGAAAAGUCGGAUGUAUACAGCUAUGGAGUGAUUUUGUGGGAAAUUAUCACACGGAAGAUCCCUUGGGAUCACCUUAACCCGACGCAGGUUAUUGCAGCGGUAGGAUUCAUGAAUCAAAGACUAGAGAUACCGAAAGAUGUGGAUCCUUUGUGGGCUUCUCUUAUUGAAAGCUGUUGGUUCAGUGAUCCUCAAUUCCGACCAACAUUCCGAGAAAUACUAUAUAUGCUUAAAGAUAUGCAAAAGAAGUUUGUGGUUGAACAUUGAAUGAAGAUGACAGACAAAAAAGGAGGGGCAAAAUAAAACUGCUUAUUCUCAUAAUUAAUU